AUGUGUAUGAGAGAGUCAGGACUGGCUCUCCGUGUGCUGCCGAAGGCUGAGUUGUCAGCACUGAAAUCGGAAGCGCUUGAGCAGCGAGGAGUGGGACCUGAAUUAUACUACAGUCCAAGCGGCGACCCUAAUGUAGAUCCCCAUGCUCCUCAAGGCCUAGCCAAGUCGGGUGACACCGACCAGAAGCAACCUGACGGGUCACGAAAGGCCCGUAAUAAGAAGAAGCACAAGGUCGCUGAUGGCAAAUUCUCUCAGGGUAGCGCCAAACCUACCAAGGUUGACGUCAAGAACAACAAGCGUGAUCCUAAGAAGGACCUAGCGUUCAAGGAGGGCCGCUGUUUUGACUGCAACGAGAAAG